UAAAUGAAGGAAUUCAGGGUCUCUCAAAUAAUGAGGAGGAGAAGAAAGGGGUGGCAGCAUCACUACUUGCUCCUUUAUUACCUGAGGGAAUAAAAGAGGAAGAAGAGAGAUGGAGAAGAAAAGUAAUUUGUAAAGAAGAGCCAGUUUCAGAAGUGAAAGAAGCAAGUACAACAGUAGAAGAAGCAGCAACGAUAGUAAAGCCACCGGAAGUUAUGUUGGACAACAUAGAAGACCCUUCUCAGGAGGAUCUUUGCAGUGUUGUCCAAUCUGGAGAAAGUGAGGAGGAAGAGGAACAAGAUACCCUUGAGCUGGAACUAGUUUUGGAAAGGAAAAAAGCAGAGUUGCGAGCCUUGGAGGAAGGAGAUGGCAGUGUGUCAGGGUCUAGUCCACGUUCUGAUAACAGCCAGCCAGCAUCUCAAGAUGGAAUGCGUAGACUUAUGUCUAAAAGAGGAAAAUGGAAGAUGUUUGUUCGAGCUACCAGUCCAGAAUCUACCAGCCGAAGUUCUAGCAAAACUGGACGAGAUACUCCAGAAAAUGGAGAAACUGCAAUUGGUGCUGAAAAUUCAGAAAAAACAGAUGAGAAUUCAGACAGAGAGAUGGAAGUAGAAGAAUCUUCAGAAAAAAUAAAAGUACAGAUAGCACCAAAAGUAGAAGAAGAACAGGAUUUGAAAUUUCAGAUUGGCGAACUGGCAAAUACCCUGACGAGUAAAUUUGAAUUUCUAGGCAUUAAUAGACAGUCCAUCUCCAAUUUUCACGUGCUGCUCUUACAGACUGAGACUCGAAUUGCAGACUGGCGGGAAGGGGCUCUUAAUGGAAACUACCUUAAACGAAAACUUCAGGAUGCAGCAGAACAACUAAAACAGUAUGAAAUAAACGCCACUCCUAAAGGCUGGUCCUGCCACUGGGACAGGGAUCAUAGACGAUAUUUCUAUGUAAACGAACAGUCGGGCGAGUCUCAGUGGGAGUUCCCAGAUGGUGAGGAGGAGGAAGAAGAAAGCGAAGCACAAGAAAGUAGAGACGAGACUCUUCCUAAACAGACCUUGAAAGACAAAACUGGCACUGAUUCAAAUUCUGCAGAAUCCUCUGAGAAUCCUACAGGUUCUCUUUGUAAAGAAUCCUUUUCUGGUCAAGUUUCUUCUUCAUCACUCAUGCCACUUACUCCAUUCUGGACCCUCCUUCAGUCAAAUGUUCCUGUGCUUCAACCUCCAUUACCCUUGGAAGUGCCACCACCCCCACCUCCACCCCCCGAAUCACCUCCACCCCCUCCACCUCCACCGCCUCCUGUAGAAGAUGGUGAGAUCCAGGAGGUUGAGAUGGAGGAUGAGGGAAGUGAGGAGCCUCCUGCUCCAGGAACAGAGGAGGAUACUCCUUUGAAACCUUCAGCACCAACCACAGUUGUAACUAGCCAGAGUUCAGUUGAUUCUGCCAUCUCUAGUUCCCCUUCCACUAAAGCAAUAAAGAGAAAAGCUACAGAAAUUAGCACUGCCGUGGUUCAGAGGUCAGCUACCAUUGGUAGUUCUCCAGUUCUCUACAGCCAAUCAACUAUAACUACAGGUCACCAGGCAACAGGGAUUGGGAACCAGGUGACAGGGAUUGGACACCAGACAAUUCCAGUUAGUCAUCCAGCAGCAGGAAUGGGCCAUCAGGCCAGAGGAAUGAGCCUACAGUCAAAUUACCUUGGACUAGCAGCAGCACCUACAAUUAUGAGUUACGCUGAAUGUUCUGUCCCAAUUGGAGUGACUGCUCCAUCAUUGCAGCCAGUCCAGGCCCGAAAUGCUGUGCCUGCUACUGCUGUUAUAGAACCACCACCUCCUCCUCCUCCUCCUCCACCACCACCACCACCAGCUCCCAAAGUGCCACCACCUGAGAAGACGAAAAAAGGAAAGAAAGACAAGGCAAAGAAGAGUAAAACCAAAAUGCCAUCUUUGGUAAAGAAGUGGCAGAGUAUCCAGCGUGAGUUAGAUGAAGAGGACAAUUCUAGUUCUAGUGAAGAAGACCGGGAAUCAACUGCACAGAAGCGAAUUGAAGAGUGGAAACAGCAGCAGCUCGUUAGUGGCAUGGCUGAGAGAAAUGCUAAUUUUGAAGCCCUUCCUGAGGAUUGGCGAGCAAGACUGAAGAGAAGGAAAAUGGCUCCAAACACAUAGUUUUUUAAAUUUAGAGAAAUUUUUUAAUUUGUGUUCAUUUCAGAGUCUUAACCAGUUUUACUGUUGUCAAAUAAACUAUAAAUGUUAUGGGGGAGACCAUAUAAAUUUCCUAGACAAGAACAUACGCAUACAAAGUUUUCACCCUUGUGAAAUGUAAUUUUUCUGUUUUGCUGAAAGGUGAGGUGAUUGGAAUUGCUUUAACCUGGCUGCCUUUAUUCUCACACUGGCAAAAUUAGCAUGUUAGGUAUAUUAACCUCAUCAGUCUUGAGAAACAUGUGGCACAUGCGUCUGACACUUCCGUAGAGGGCUCAUUGACAAAAAGUGAAGAAUUUUCCUGCCUAAUAGAGGUUCAUUUAGUUCUAGUGUGGCACAUGCUCUCAUUAACUUCUACUCCAAAACAAGUGCAAUUCAUACGGCAGCUCUGUAUUCGACCUUGCUUCACUGAGAUAGUCAGGAUCUCUCUCUGACCUCUUCCUUUAGUCUCCUCCACCUGAAGUGCAGAGGUAUGUCAAGUGGUUUACCUUGUGCUGAGAGAUGGCCACAUUCUUUCGUCUUUCUCACAAAUUCUAGAACUGGUAGCUCAGUCAUUUCACACACUAGGUGGCAUAUUUGAAUUUUAAUACAAGCAGAAACAGCAGCUUGUAUUAUAUCCUUGAUUUUGAGAAUUUUCCCCUCGUGUAUGUGACAGUAAAUGCAACAAAAGCCACUCUGUAUCAGUGUGUUUCCAUUGUCUUACCCUGGUCUGAAAUCACCUCCCUUUGUGUGAAUGUAUUCUACAUAAAAUUCCAGUAUUUAAAAGGCAGUUUACUGUUCUGUACUUUCUGUUGUACCACAAUCAGGUAAAAGUCACUUUAAACUGAAGAAAAGGCAAAUUGUGUUUUAAAGCUGUUUGUAUUUCUCCAGUUUCUGACCUUGUAAAUUUGUAUAUAUGCACUAAUAAAGCUUUUUUUAUACUUCUG